AGCUUGAAGUAUCAAGCCCCUGACCAUAACUUAUCUUUUCCCAUGAAAGAAAGAUAUGCCAAAUGAACAUCUGGAAAAACUCUUUCUAAAGGGGAUAAAACAGAAAGUGUCUAGGAAAUGGAGACAGUAUUGGCUGAAGGAGAACUUGAGAGAACUGUACAGAUGUUUAAAGAUUAUGCUCUGAAAAAAGGAGUUGUAUAGGUGGUGAAAAAAGAAGAGUAUGCAGUGAAGCUGUCCUGAUGGCAAAUGAUGAAUCCCAAUCUGUGAUCCAGGAAAAAAUGAACCAGCGUCCUGUUGCUUCUCCCCAUCUCUCACACACCAAAGACUUCCUGCACUCAACUCCAAAUUCUAGGACCAACUGCAGCUAUGGAUCUGACAGAGGAAAAGAUGAAACAGCUGAGAAUAGAGAUGAUCAGGUACCUUCUCUGUCAAAAAGCAAGUCAGAAUCUAAACUUUACAAUGGCUCAGAGAAGGAUGUUUCAUCUCCUGCAAACAAACUUACAAAAAAGGAGUCUCUUAAGGUCCAAAAGAAAAACUACAGAGAAGAGAAAAAAAGGGCUACAAAGGAGUUACUCAGUACCAUUACAGACCCUUCUGUUAUUGUAAUGGCAGAUUGGCUUAAGAUUCGAGGAACUUUAAAGAGUUGGACCAAAUUCUGGUGUGUUCUGAAACCUGGUGUACUUCUUAUUUAUAAAACACCUAAGAAUGGUCAGUGGGUUGGGACAGUACUACUGAGUGCUUGUGAAAUUAUUGAACGACCGUCAAAGAAAGAUGGCUUCUGUUUUAAACUCUUCCAUCCAUUAGAACAGUCUAUCUGGGCUGUUAAGGGUCCCAAAGGAGAAGCAGUUGGAUCUAUAACACAGCCCUUGCCAGGCAACUAUUUAAUUAUCCGUGCAAGUACAGAAUCUGAUGGAAGAUGCUGGAUGGAUGCACUGGAACUAGCUUUGAAAUGCUCCAGCUUGUUGAAACGUACAAUGAUCCGAGAAGGAAAAGAGCAUGACCUGAAUUCUUCAGACAGUUCGCAAGUUGUUCUUUAUGGCCUGUUGCGUAAUAGUGGUCACACAGGGGAAACCUGCCAGCUAAACGAUACUGAAAUUGAGCAUCAGCAUUUCAAGGAUCACGAUUUAUAUUCUGAUAAGUCUGACAAGGAAAAUGAGCAUGAUCAUGAGGAGUCUGAUAAUGAUGGUCUUGGGGAAAGUGAUAGUGACACCUCUGAAAGACAAGAUGAUUCCUUUGUGGAACCAGAGCCAGUUGACGUUAUAAAGGAAAGCACUUAUGUGGCAGAGAUUCACGAAGAACUAGGAGAAGCUGGUGAAGAAGCUCAGACUGAAACAGUCUCUGAGGAGAACAAAGGUCUAAUCUGGACACUACUAAAGCAAGUCCGUCCUGGAAUGGAUUUGUCCAAAGUUGUGCUUCCUACAUUCAUCUUGGAACCUCGUUCAUUCUUAGACAAACUGUCUGAUUACUAUUAUCAUGCAGAUAUUCUUUCAAUGGCUGCAGUUGAGGAGAAUGCAUAUUGUCGCCUGAAAAAAGUUGUAAAGUGGUAUCUUUCCGGAUUCUACAAAAAGCCAAAGGGACUAAAGAAACCAUACAAUCCAAUACUUGGAGAAACUUUCCGAUGCAUGUGGGUACAUCCAAAAACCAAUAGCAAGACCUUCUACAUAGCAGAACAGGUAUCUCAUCACCCACCUGUGUCUGCCUUCUAUGUAAGUAAUCGAAAAGAUGGAUUUUGCCUCAGUGGUAGCAUCCUGGCCAAAUCCAAGUUUUAUGGUAAUUCUUUAUCUGCCAUAUUGGAUGGAGAAGCUAGACUUACCUUUUUAAAUCGAGGGGAAGACUAUGUCAUGACCAUGCCGUAUGCUCACUGUAAAGGCAUUUUGUAUGGCACAAUGACUUUAGAACUUGGAGGAGCAGUAACAAUUGCUUGUGAGAAAACUGGUUACAUCGCUGAGAUUGACUUCCGUCUAAAGCCAUUUUUGGGUAACAAUGACAGUGUCAAUCAAAUAUCAGGGAAACUCAAACUGGGAAAGGAGGUCUUGUCUACACUAGAGGGUCACUGGGAUAGUGAGGUAAUGAUUGAAGACAAAAAGACAGGAAUUGUUGAAACUUUUUGGAAUCCAUUACCAGAAGUAAAACAGCAGAGACUUCCACGGUACACUGUACUGUCCGAAGAGCUAGGCGAAUUUGAAUCAGAAAGACUCUGGCAUCAUGUGACUCGAGCCAUACUCAACAAAGACCAAACAGAAGCUACAAAUCAGAAGUUCACUUUGGAGGAAGCACAGAGGAAGGCUGCCAAAGAAAGGAAGGGCAAACAUGAGGAAUGGGUUUGCAAACUCUUUGAGCAGGAUCUGAUCACCGGGGAGUGGCAUUAUAAGUAUGCUGAUUCUAGGCCCUGGGAUCCACUCUUCGAUAUGAUACAGUUUGAAAAAGAUGGCAUCAUCCAGACCAAAGUCAGACAUCGGACUCCGAUGGUCUGUGUCUCUAAAAUUAAACACCAACAUGGCGGCAAACUAAAGAACACAGAGAGUGGCUGCUCAUCUCCAGAACCUGACCUUCAGGACUCUUCUGGGAGUGAAACUGACCAGUCGAAACAUAGCCGAUUACGGAAGAAAGGGCCAGAUUUGAGUGAACUUUUAAGUGCCAUUGAUUCCAUUAGAAGAAACCAAGAUGAAAUCAGCAGAAAUGUGGCAGCCCUCCAAAAUCGAGCAUUUAGAAAUUGGCCACGUGCAGAAAAUAAUUUCCUCCAGCAGAGAGACUUCUUUUUCAUUAUCUUACUAAUACUGCUUCAGAUAAUAAUCAAUUAUGUUUUGAAAUGAAGUUUCUGUGACUGAAAAGAGCUAGAAGGAACAAAUAAGUUUUAGGACAUUUUGUCUGGCUGAAUUUUUUUUUUUUGGAUUUACAUCAGAACCCUGAUGCCUGAAGAAACUCUGCCAUUCAGAGAGGACCAUUUUGUACAUUUUUUUUCUGUCAUCAUCUCAAGGUUAUGAAGUAACUGCAUAACAUUUAUAUCCAUUUAUGUGUAGAAGUAAUGCUGGUGCCUAGUUUCUGAGCCUUUUAAAUUAUUCUUGCAUUUCAAGAAUGUAUUAAAAACACUCGCAUCUUUCUAUGUGAAAGGUGGAGUCCUGUAUAGAACCGUUUAAAAACAGUGAUGUAUCAAUAACAGCUAAUCCUUACGUGGACUGUUAAAGAACUGCUUUUGCAAAUGGUCAUUCAGAAGUGCCCAGUUUCUUUUCAUUAUUGAAGAGUUAUUUUUCUUCAUGGUUAAAAUAGGUAUUCAUUCACUUUUGUAAAGAGAUUAGAAAUGUUUGUUUAUUUGCACAUUUUCUGAUACAUCCGACUUGAGUCGUGAAAAUCUUUUAGAGACAGAAAGCUUUCAUUCCUUUCCUUUAGGACUGUUACUUGAUCAGAAUUCCUGUCGUUUUUACAUAGAAGACUAGCUUAGAUGUGCAUAGCUACAUUACUCUUAAAUGUGGUAGCCUUAUCAGUUUUUAGUAGAAACGUCGCUCUUGCUGACUCAAUAUUAUUUAUAGUAUGUACUUUGCUUCCUUUUAUAGACUGAAAAACAUACUGAAAUGGCCAGUGGAAUUUCACUUUUAUAAGCACACUCCUUGUAUUUUAAUACUUCAACUGCUGAAAUGGUAAAUGUAAUAAUUUAAGGUAUUAGUAGUGGCCAAACAUUUUGUAUGGAAUGCAAGUUAAACUGCAAGGACAGUUAAUUAUAUCAACAACGGAUGUGAUACUU